GCCAGCGAGAGAACCAAUUCAAUUUCUAUAUGUAUAUAUUGUUGAAUGGAGGGCGCUGGAUUGAGAGCACUUUACUUUGAAAAGCCACCAACUAGCUCCUAAAUUCGCCACGUUUCUCUUCUUUUGUAGGAGUUUUCCAUUGACGUGGCAACCAUUCGCCACCUUUUUAACUGAAUAAAUACCCCCUUUGUGUCUACCCCGCUCUGCUCUCUACCUUCAUUCCCACCCCCUCUUUCUAAUUCCUCUUCCCUCAGGCAUAAAAGCAAACACUUACCAUACAAUACUUCAUUUCCAAUCUCUCUCUCUCUCUCUCUCAGUCCUCUCUAGCAAGUCAGGGAAAUAAUGCCUAUGUUUGAUGCUGUCGAAUCCACUACCCAUGGCGACUCAUUGGAGGGCUCAGAUCAAUUCACUGGUUUUCCUCGAGAUACUCGUGAUCUCCCAUCUUUAAUGUUGUCUUCUUGUUAUCCUAUUACUCUCAGGUUCGUCGACGUGUGUUAUAGGUUGAAAAUCGAGAAGAGGCAAAAGGGCAGCAGAAGUAAUAUCAGAAGGAUUUUAGGUCAUGGACCCACCCAUGAUCAGUCUAAUCAGACGUCAAUGGCUAUGAUUCAAGAGCGUACGAUCUUGAAUGGGAUCACUGGCAUGGUUUCACCUGGAGAAAUCCUGGCCAUUCUUGGUCCUUCUGGGAGCGGCAAGUCAACGCUCCUCAAUGCGCUUGCAGGUAGACUCCAAGGACCUGGCUUCACUGGAACUAUACUCGCCAACAACAAAAAGCCGUGCAAACAAACAUUGAAACGCACCGGUUUUGUUACUCAGGACGAUGUCCUCUACCCUCACCUCAGCGUCCGCGAAACCCUAAUUUUUUGCUCUUUACUUCGCUUGCCAAAAUCUCUGUCCAAGAAAGAGAAGACCUUGGUGGCUGAGUCUGUGAUAUCCGAGUUGGGUUUAACGAAAUGCGAGAACACAAUCAUUGGGAACAGUUUUAUACGUGGGGUCUCUGGUGGCGAAAGAAAAAGAGUGAGUAUAGCUCAUGAGAUGCUCAUAAACCCUAGUUUGCUCAUUCUUGAUGAACCCACGUCGGGUUUGGAUUCCACCGCCGCUCACCGUCUGGUCUUGACAUUGAAUUCUCUGGCGCAGAAGGGAAAAACAAUCGUUACUUCCAUGCAUCAACCUUCUAGCCGAGUUUACCAUAUGUUUAACUCAGUGUUGGUGUUGAGCGAGGGAAGGUGUUUGUAUUUUGGCAAAGGAAGUGAGUCCAUGGCUUAUUUUGAGUCGGUUGGGUUCUCGCCGUCUUUUCCCAUGAAUCCUGCUGAUUUUCUCCUUGAUCUCGCUAAUGGUGUUUGCCAACUUGAUGGUGUAAGCGAAAGGGAUAAGCCAAACAUAAAGCAAUCCCUAAUUGCCUCUUACAACAGUAUGCUAGCCCCAAAAGUAAAAGCUACCUGUAUGGAGACCACCAUCACUUCAACAGAAGAAACAAAUCUAAUUGGAAGCCAUUCUUCCAAAGGAAGUAGAUGCUGCAGCAGAAUUGGCUUUGCCUCUUGGUUUAACCAAUUCAGCAUUCUUCUUCAAAGAAGCCUCAAAGAAAGAAAACACGAGUCCUUCAAUACUCUUAGAGUGUUCCAAGUAAUCACAGCUGCAUUAUUAGCUGGUCUAAUGUGGUGGCACUCAGAUUUUCGAGACAUUCAAGAUCGAUUAGGUCUCCUCUUCUUCAUGUCAAUCUUCUGGGGAGUCUUCCCUUCUUUUAACGCAGUGUUUGCCUUUCCACAAGAAAGAGUUAUCUUCAUGAAGGAAAGGGCCUCGGGUAUGUACACUCUUUCUUCUUAUUUCAUGUCGCGAAUAGUUGGAGACUUACCAAUGGAGCUCAUUCUCCCCACAAUUUUUCUGACUGUGGCCUAUUGGAUGGCUGGAUUAAAACCCGAAUUGGUCGCGUUCCUCUUGACUCUGCUGGUUCUGCUCGGCUAUGUGCUCGUCUCUCAGGGGCUUGGCCUGGCAUUAGGUGCAGUUAUAAUGGAUGCUAAGCAAGCUUCAACUAUAGUAACAGUAACGAUGCUAGCAUUUGUUCUAACAGGAGGAUUUUAUGUGCAUAAGGUACCAUCUUGUAUGGCUUGGAUCAAGUACAUUUCAACUACAUAUUACAGCUAUAGGCUGCUUAUUAGCGUUCAGUAUGGUGAAGGGAGACAACUUUCAUCGUUGUUGGGUUGCUCCCACCAUGGAAUUAGUGACAAAGCAAGCUGCAAGUUCCUGGAAGAAGAUGUUGGAGGGCAGAUUAGCCCUGGAAUUUGUGUCGGUGUUCUAAUAUUGAUGUUUGUGGGGUAUAGAUUAUUGGCUUACCUCGCAUUAAGGAGGAUCAAAGCUUGAAUAUUUGUGUUAUUUAACCAAAAGGGUACUUGUUCUUCUGCAGAUAUAUCAUCAUAGGCCUCUUCUAACUGUAAUUCUUGAAAUGAAGCAAGAAAGGAGUUUCUUCAUGCUUGGUGUAGAUGCUGAUGAAUGAGCCGCUUUGUUUGUAGUUGCAGAGAAUUGGAUUCACACUAACUGUAUAUGAAAAAAAGAAAGAAAAAGAAAAGGAUAUUUGAGACAAGUUUGAGGCUAUUAAAUGUAUAAAAUCUAGCCAGAAAGCAAAGUCCUUCGUAAUUGUACCUUGUUAUAAUUAAUUAUUACUUGCUAAAUUUUCAAUUCAAACCACUUGUUCAUUGU